AUGGACGCCCAGGACGGAGCAGACCUCUGCUUUCCACAGCUCAUCAACACCUCCUGCAAGAAGCCUGCCUCUCCUGAGUUCCAGCGUCUGCUUCUUCACAUUGUGAUGUCCUUUCUCUCUCUGGUCACUGUUGUUCUCAACCUGCUCGUCAUCAUCUCAGUCUCCCACUUCAGGAAGCUGCAAACACCAACUAACAUCCUCCUGCUCUCUCUGGCCGUCUCAGACUGUCUGGUUGGUCUUGUGAUGACUCCGGGACACAUCCUCACACAAAGACCCUGCUGGUUUCUUGGUAUCCUCCCUUGUUCUCUGUAUCAUUACACAAGCUUCAUUAUUACCUCUGCCUCCGUAGGAAACAUGGUGCUUAUAUCAGUUGACCGCUAUGUGGCUAUUUGUGACCCUCUGCAUUACCCCACCAGAGUUACAGAGAGGAGAGUUAAACUCUGGGUUUGUCUGUGUUGGCUGGGUUCUGUUCUCUACAACAUUUUAUUCAUAAAGGCUCAGCUGGGCAGCCAGUAUUCCUGCUAUGGAGAAUGUCUACUAAAUGUUGAACUCAUUGGGGGAACUGUUGACCUUGUUUUUACCUUCAUUCUUCCAGUUUCCGUCAUCAUAGUUCUGUAUUUGAGGGUGUUUGUGGUGGCUGUGUCUCAGGCUCGUGCUAUGCGCUCUCACACUGCAGCCGUCACACUUCAGCUUUCAGUAAAUUCAUCAACAAAGAAAUCUGAGUUGAAAGCAGCCAGGACUCUGGGUAUCGUUGUACUGGUGUUUCUAAUGUGUUUCUGCCCGUACUAUUGUGUCAGCCUUGCUGGAGGCAGUGAAUUUUACACAUUUCUUGUAAGCUGUAUACUUUACUGUAACUCCUGUCUGAACCCUGUGAUCUAUGCCAUGUUUUACCCCUGGUUUAGAAAAGCCAUUAAACUCAUUGUCACCCUGCAGAUACUGCAGCCUGACUCCCGUGAGGCUAACAUGCUGUAG